AUGAAGCUUACCCCAUAUUUCCUCGCCGCCCUCCUCCCCGCCACCAUCCUCGCCGCCCCGGAAGCAGAACCCGACCCCGUUGCGGACCCCGAGCCUGAGCCCGAGAUCGAAGCCCGUCAGGCCACCACAGGUCCAGUCUCCUGCUCGAUCUUCGGGCAAAUCGUCAGCAAGAAGCUCCCCGCGCCCUGUGCGGUCAACGGGCCUACCUUCGCCAAGAACACUAGGGUCACCUUCACGUGUCAGAUCCUGACCGACGAGACGUGGAUGAGAGUUGGACAAUUCGGAGCUGGAAGCUCCUGGGUCCGACGGAAUGAUCCCGCUGUGCAGCCAUGCUCUGGAUUCGAUACCAAUCGCCAUAUCGAAGUUGUCCGAAGCGUAAUUGACUGCAGAGAAAAGGUUCGAAUUAGAUUGCCAGGUCCUGCGGAUACAACAUCCGAGCCCGACGCCGUGGCAAGAUAUCCAAAUGCGGGACUAAGAUCAGGGACUAGAUACGGGCCGGAACCGUAUACCCCGGUCGCCCCUUGGUUCGUGGUGCUGCCGUCUUUGACAAUGAAAUGGUUCAUGGGCUCGAGUUUUAAGGUUACGAGGAGGUGGCUGAGUCAGUUGCUGGAAGCGGUGUCAAAAGAAGGUCCAUUCUAUUCAUACCACCAGCCCCUGAGUAUGAAGAGUCCGUUAUCGGAUCAAAUAGCAAGGUAUUUAAGUUGCAAGUCUCCUCAUGCGCAGUAUGACCCGCUCUAUGAUCGGUAUAUCGUAGAGCGGUCCGGAGUCAUGCAUGCCAAGGACAACGAUCUUCGUGGUAUGAUGUCUGGAGAAACAUCGCAUGACUUCUCCUUACGACUCAGAAUUGGAGGAUUGCCAUCGCAAGGCGAAUGA